GUCUUCCUUUAUGAUCUCUCACACACUGUUGUCAGUUACUGAGUAAUCCCAUGGCUUGUCUAAGCUUCGACGCCACCAGGAUCAGAACCCCAACGCUCCUGUCUCACAAACCCAUCUCCAUCUUUACCUCCCUCAUAAAACCCGUUAAAAUUUCAUAUUGUUUCUUCAAAAAGCCUUCACCUAUCAAAUCAAAACUCAACCUCUUCCGGUCAGAAAGCUCGGUUUCUACACCAAAAGAAGUGGAAGUUGAUGAUGAAGAGGACGACCCAACAGCAGAGCUCUGCUUUCUUGACCCGGAAACCGAUCCCGGGAGCGUUUCAGAGUGGGAGUUGGAUUUUUGCUCUCGACCCAUCCUAGAUAUCAGGGGGAAGAAGGUCUGGGAGCUAGUUGUAUGCGACAGUUCGCUUUCACUUCAAUACACAAAGUAUUUCCCCAACAAUGUCAUCAACAGUGUCACUUUGAAGGACGCUAUUGUGUCGAUAAGCGACUAUUUGGGCGUCCCAUUACCAGAGAAAAUCCGCUUCUUUAGGUCACAGAUGCAGACAAUUAUAACAAAAGCUUGUAAGGAACUUGGUAUAAAACCUAUUCCAAGUAAACGGUGUCUUUCGCUUCUUCUAUGGCUGGAAGAACGCUAUGAGACUGUGUACAUGCGUCAUCCUGGUUUUCAGAAGGGGUCUAAACCACUUCUAGCAUUAGACAACCCUUUCCCAAUGGAGCUUCCAGAUAAUCUAUUCGGUGAAAAAUGGGCAUUUGUCCAAUUACCUUUUUCAGCUGUUCGUGAGGAGGCCUCAUCCUUGGAGACAACAUUUGUGUUUGGUGCAGGUUUAGAUUUGGAUUUACUAGGUAUUGAAAUUGAUGACAAGACGUUGGUUCCAGGACUGGCUGUCACAUCUUCACGUGCUAAGCCUUUAGCAGCUUGGAUGAAUGGACUUGAAGUCAGCUCAAUUGAAACUGAUAUCAGUCGCGGUUGCUUGCUUCUGUCUGUUGGAAUUUCUAGCCGGUAUGUUUAUGCCACUUACAAGAAAACUCCUGUAACAACAAAUGAAGCCGAAGCUUGGGAAGCAGCAAAGAAAGCUUGUGGAGGGUUACAUUUUCUUGCCAUUCAAGAAGAUUUGGAUUCAGAUGACUGUGUUGGAUUUUGGCUCCUACUAGACUUGCCACCUCCACCUGUAUAAUUUAUCAAUUUGUUAAAUAAAUAAGCAUACUUUUCUUUUUCUAA